AUGGCAUCCGCUCGUGCUAAGCUGGCUGAACUCCGCGCUCUCCGCGCGUCGGGAAAGAAACGUCUCGCAACCUACGAAGUGGAAGAAGAAGGCGAUAUCUACGAAGAAGUUGACGAGGAAGGAUACAAAAAUGUUGUCAGACAACGUCUCGACCGCGAUGACUUUGUCGUUGAUGACAAUGGCGAGGGAUACGCAGACGAUGGACGUGAAGAAUGGGACGAUAGGCGACGGGUGGACAGCGGGACUGAUAGCGAUGAACCUCCCCUAAGAGGCAAGGCUGCUAAACGAAAGCGAGAGGAAGAUAAGCAACGCAGGGAAAAAAUCAACAAUGGAAUCAAUAAGUAUUUUAGCGGUGCAUAUGGGACUUCAAAUGCUUCCAAACCAAAGCGAAAUGCCACUGCAGAAGACGAAGCGUUUAUGGCAGAUUUACUCGGAGAAGUCGACGUGAAUGUGGUCCCAUCUCGCGUGUCGGUCAAGAAACCUGUGAAAUCCGAAACUCGACGUAAAGUCCGAAUUAUAUCCCCUCCUUUAUCUCAGGAGCGAACACCCAAGAAGGUCCAAGCAAAAAAAGAACCUACUCCUCACAAAGCCGAUGUUGAGCUGAAGUCCGAUAUUGAUUUUGACGAUGACGUCGGGCUGCUUCCGGUCGGCGAUGACGAGGAUGUUCCAAUGAGCGAUCCGCCGCCAUCAUCCCCAGUCGCAAAAGCAGUAGAACGUAAAAAUGCAUCCUUGGUGAAAAAGGAAGAUGAAGGCGCCGACGAUAUAGAUGACGAAGACCUAGUAACCAUUGAAGCGACCGGCCACCACGAAAACAAUGCUACUAGGGUGAAUAUGACCGGCAAAAGACCUGCACCCAAGCUGAAAGUGAAAGAAUCUUUUUAUCCUUCCCCUGCUACGUCUCCUCCAGUAAGGGCCAAUUCCGAUGCAAUAGACGCUUCGUCAUGGACAGAUAUCACCAGAAAGCUCAAUGUUCUUAGCAGCCCAGCCUCGGAUAUGCAUGCAUUUGGAAAACUUCGAGCCCAAGAUGCUGUAGAGACAGAUGGUAGCUUGCGUUUCUUCUGGCUUGAUUACACCGAAGUCAAUGGUUCUCUCUGUCUCUUUGGAAAGGUCAAGGACAAGAGAAGCAGCCGUUUUGUCAGUGCUUUCGUGAAAAUUGACAAUAUCCUCCGAAAGCUCUACUUCUUACCCCGGGAAUACCGCCUACAUCAUGGCCAAAACACAGAUGACGAAAUCGACAUGGAGGACGUCUCUAAUGAGGUUGACGAGCUUAUGACCAAGUUAAGAGUCAACGUGCACAAGAUCAAGCCGUGUACGCGGAAGUAUGCGUUUGAACUCCCGAAUAUUCCCAAAAAAGCAAAAUAUCUCAAGUUGAUGUAUCCAUAUGAUAAGCCAGUGCUACCGAUAGACGUUAAAGGCGAGACCUUCUCCCAUGUUUUUGGUACAAACACUGCUCUUUUUGAGCAAUUUGUGCUCUGGAAGAACAUCAUGGGUCCAUGUUGGCUUAAGAUCGAGGAUGCAGACUUUACGGCUGUAAGCGGUGCAUCUUGGUGUAAAUUGGAAUGCCAGGUUUCGCAACCCGCUCUCAUCUCCUCAAUUUCAGACGCUGAGAAUUUGGAUACCCCUACCUUGACGCUGAUGAGUUUAGCGUUACGCACUCAGCUCAACGUCAAGGAGAACAAGCAAGAAAUCCUGGCUAUGAGCGCGCGAGUGUAUGAAAAUGUCUCAUUGACAGACCCUACCCCUCCUGCAAAGCUUCCUUGCAAAACAUUUACAGUUAUGAGGCCACUGGGCCCUACAUAUCCAAUCGGUUUUGAAGCAGAAACCAGGAAACACCGCGGUACCUUUAUGCUGGAGAAGAGCGAACAGUUCCUUCUCAGCAAAUUCUUAGCGUUAUUUGAGAAGAUGGACCCUGAUGUGGUGAUGGGGCACCAGCUUCAAGAAGUAGAUUUAACUGUUCUUAUAAACAGACUGAAAGAAAAGAGGACGCCGGGUUGGCACCGUAUUGGUCGCAUGAAACGAAGCGAAUGGCCGAAAAACUUCAAAGGCACCGGGUUCUUUGCAGAGAGGCAUUUGGUAGCUGGUCGGCUGAUUUGCGAUAUCGGAAAUGACAUGGGAAAGUCUCUCAUGAUGAAAUGUCAAUCGUGGAGUCUUACGGAAAUGUGCCAACUUUAUCUAGGAGAUGGCAACACAAGACGGGAUAUUGACAAUGAGGCAGCCCUCAAAACCUGGGCCACCUCCAAAGAAGGCUUGAUGAAUUAUAUCAACCACGCCGAAGCUGAUACAUAUUUCAUUGCUGCGCUUGUCCUAAAACUCCAGAUGCUUUCCCUGACUAAAGUUCUUACCAAUCUUGCCGGCAAUUCAUGGGCUAGAACGCUUAUGGGUACAAGAGCUGAACGAAACGAAUAUAUUUUACUGCAUGAAUUCUAUCGAAACAAAUACAUUUGCCCCGACAAAUACUUUGGAAAAUCGCAGCCCAAGAUGGAAGAGUAUGAAGGUGAAGAUGAUGGAGGCGACAAGAAAAAGAAAGAUAAAUAUAAAGGUGGUCUUGUCUUUGAACCAGAGAAGGGCUUGUAUGACAAGUACGUUCUUGUUAUGGACUUUAACAGUCUGUACCCGAGCAUUAUCCAGGAAUACAAUAUUUGCUUUACCACCGUGAAUCGCGAGCUAGUGUCUGAGAAUGAGAACGAAGAGAAAGUUCCUGAGGUCCCAGCUGAUCAAGAGCAGGGUAUCCUGCCACGGCUGAUUUCCACACUUGUCAGCCGCAGAAGAGAAGUGAAGAAACUAAUGAAAAACAAGCGCGCGACUCCCGAAGAGCUGGCUCUAUGGGAUACGAAGCAGUUGGCCCUGAAGCUCACAGCUAACUCAAUGUACGGUUGCUUGGGGUACACGCAGUCAAGAUUCUACGCUCGACCCCUCGCCAUGCUGACGACGUUCAAGGGUCGUGAAAUUCUGCAGAAUACGAAAGAAUUGGCCGAGAAAAAUCAACUUCGUGUUAUCUACGGUGAUACUGAUUCGGUUAUGAUCAACACCAACGUUGACAACAUGGAGGAGGCGCUCAAAGUGGGCAACGAGUUUAAGCGAUUAGUGAAUGAUAGCUACAAGUUGCUCGAAAUUGAUGUUGACAAUGUCUUCCGCCGACUACUGUUGCAUGCAAAGAAGAAGUAUGCUGCGAUUAACAUGACGGAAGUGGAUGGUAAAUAUGUUGAUCACCUUGAAGUGAAGGGUCUAGAUAUGAAGAGAAGAGAGUACUGCACUCUGUCCAAAGAAGUCUCUUCGAAACUUCUAACUGAGAUCCUUUCGGGAGAUGAUACCGAAGUGGUUUUGGGUAAAGUCUAUGACUACCUACGAGAACUCACCCAGAAGAUGAAGGAGUUCACAAUCCCUGUGCAGAAAUACGUGAUUUUCACGAAACUGUCAAAGCGACCGGAUGAAUAUCCGAACAAAGAGAGUAUGCCUCCUGUCCAAGUUGCCCUAAGAGAGCUGGCGAGAGGGAAAACCGUCCGUCCAAACGAUGUCAUCUCCUAUAUUGUAACCUCAGGCGACUCCGAAACCUCUUCGCUCCAACCAGCCAAGCGGUCAUACACACCACAAGAUGUGAUGAAACCGGAUUCUGGCUUAAAACCAGAUAUCGAAUACUAUCUCCUCAAGCAAAUCUUCCCGCCAAUUGAACGACUUUGCGCUCCUAUUCCUGGUACAGAUGCUGUUCAGCUAGCGGAAUGCCUAGGCUUGGAUGUCAGAAAAUACCAAAUUAAUACCUCAAGCUCUCAUGGCCAACAGAGUCUCGAACUAUGUCCUCUUGAAUCACAAAUUCCCGAUUCGCUCCGCUUCGAGAAAGCCGCUCGAUUCACCCUCCGCUGUCGCGCUUGUCAUGAGCGGACGGUCUUUGAAGGUCUUAAUAUUUCAACCGACAUAUGUACUCCAAAAGGCCUUGUAUGUCCUAAUUCAAACUGCAGAAAGCCAUUUUCAGUUAUCUCUAUUGUGGCACAGCUUGAAAGCCAGAUUCGGGCACAAACGACAAGGUACUAUGAAGGCUGGAUUGUGUGUGAUGAUUCUGCAUGUGGGAACAGGACAAGACAAAUGAGCGUAUAUGGUCAUCGAUGUCUCGGCCCCCGAGGACGAGCGGAAGGGUGUUUAGGUCGCAUGUCCUAUGAAUACACCGAGAAGCAGCUGUAUAACCAGCUAUUAUAUUUUGCCACACUAUGGGAUGUUGAUAAAGCCAAAGCCACUGCUGAGAAAGAAGCCUCCGGCGAAAAGAAGGAGAAGGUACUAGCACUUGUGGAGUGGAAUCGUACCCGAUUCGGGACAAUGAAAGGCGUUGUUGAUGAGUAUUUGAAGAAAUGCGGACGACAAUGGGUUGAGAUGGAUGUUCUCUUUGGGUUUGCCCUGAAAUGAUCUAGUGUAUUAGGGAAUUCUAUGCAUAUACUCUGUAUCCUCAACCAUAAUGGCUUCUAAUAAGGUAUCCCAUUAUAUUGAAUACAUAUCAGCUUGACAUUGCGUGAUUAUGGAAACAGUUACAAGGCUUAUUAUCUG